UUAAUGAGACUGAGUGUGGGCAGAGGAAUAAGGGGUUUACAAAUGAGAACCAAAUCCCGUGAAGAGGAAAGAAAAGGAUUUGCCGGGCGUUUUUGUAUGAACACCCAAGAUGGUGACGCCUACAACAGCACAUAACUUUAUUUCUAGUUCCGCUCAUGAACACUGCAACAGCUUUGCGCACAUCGGGAAAAACAAGACAACACGUGUGAAGGGCAUGGUGGUUGAAGCAAAUUAAUUUUAGCUUGUGUGAAGAGAUUCGCAGUUUUUUGGUGACGUUUUCAUUGUAAUAGUGUUUUAUCUAAAUGUGACUUAAAACGUUCGCUUUAAAUAGACAAGGAAGCGGUUAGUUCGUUCCCGGUGAGUAAACCAGCGGUCCAGGAGUUUUUCGCGGCACGCACUGGGUCGCUUGGAAAACAAACAGAAAACAUUUCGAGGUACCCGAGGAGGAGGAAAUGGAGGUGACUGUAGCAACACAACUAGAAAGUCUCAUUGUAACUGUUGACAGUUCAGACUUGUCAUCAAACACACAACGGGAGUCAACAGCAGCAGCACUUUCUUUAGACAGCAAGGAUGAAGAAGAGAUGGAGGUUAAUGCGAAGACAAAGCAGAAAGAGCUCGGUGAAACUACCGAUGAUGUGGCCUCAUCAUGUAGUAAACAAGCAGAUGCUGGCGAAGCAGCAUCUCUAGCCCACGUGUGUAGGACAGAGGACUGUGAUCAUAACGAGCUGAAAGAUGCUGACAGAAAGGAUCUGCAGAUGACCAACCUUGAAGAGAAAGAUUUUACUGGAACAACACAAACAGAAAGUGCAGCUGGACCCAUCUGUGACUAUGCAGACACACUUUUAAGUACACAGACGCCUCCUGAGGUUGGUUUAUACGGUGUGUGCCGGACAGACGACUUUGAUAGUUAUGACUCAGAGGAGUCUGACAGUGACAGCUCUUCCUCAUCCUCAUCCUCUAGUCCUUCAGCCCCUGUGGUUGAUGAUGAUGAUGACGUGGGUUUGAACCAAUCAGCUCCCAUAAAAACCAGAGAUGAAGUCCUGCUUGAGGAGCUGCCAGCAGUAGAGGAGGUGGCUGUGUCACUACCAGAGGAUGCAGAACUUGAGCCUGUUGGAACGGUGUCCAGUAUUCUACAGCAGCUCGUUGUCAUCCAGUCUCUGAAAGACACACCCGCACUUACCGACGAAAGCAUCAUAUUUACUUCUGACAGGCUGGCUGUGGGCAAGGUGUUCGAGGUGUUUGGCCCUGUGUCCAGUCCACUCUACAUUUUACGUUUUAACUCUGCAGAGCAGAUAAGCAGCAAAGGGCUGAUGGAGGGACUUACUCUUUAUUAUGCACCGGCCAUCAGAGAGUACACAGGAUACAUUCUAACACAACAGCUCAAACUUUUAAAGGGAUCUGAUGCGUCCUGGAAGAAUGACCAAGAACCACCAGAGGAGGCUUUAGACUAUAGUGAUGAUGAGAAAGAACAUGAAGCAAAGAGGAGAGUGAAGAACAAAAGGAUGAGGGAUAAUAACAGUGCAGACAAUCCUAACAAAGAUUACCAGCAGCAGCAGAAACCAAGGCAGCUUGAUUUCAAAGGCUUCCUAUCAAGACGUCCCAGGUCUCCAUUCAGGCAACAGCAUCUAAGGAGCAGGCAGCCGCCGUUCCAGCCAUCAACACCACCCCCCAGGCACACGGAAAUGCCUCCCAUGUACCUCCCAGCUCCCUGCCCUUACCCUCCUCCACCUGCUAUCCACUACCCCCCACCUGGGUUCCCUCUCUGUCCUCCUCCUCCCUUCUUCAAUCCAUCGUUGUCCUCUCCUUUCUGGCCACCAAACUCCAUCCUGUUUUCAGACUUCCCUCCUCCCCCGCCACCUCCACCUCAGUGAUUUAGUUCCUUACAUUGUGAGAUUAUUUUUUGGUGUCAUGUUCAAUAUAUAGCAGAUUGAAAACUAAAGACAAACUGCUGCUACGAGCUGAUGAUUCUUGAUGUCACUGAUGCCAAGCAGUGACUAUGUAAAAUCUGAGAAACAAAUAAAAAGCAGAGGCUGGUUUUGGUCUUAUUAUAUAAAAAUA